AUGUCUACAGAUCAAUUUAUAAGUAAAACAAUUGAUACUAAUCAAAGGUUUCAAAAACAAACUAGUACAAAAACACAAUAUCAAGAUGCAAUAACUAAAAUUAUAAAAAUAUGUUUGGAAAAGAAUAGUUUAUCAAAAGUAGAGAAUUUAAAAUCGACUUUGCCAGAGGUGGAAUCGGUGGUGGUCAAUGAUUCACCGGUUUUCGGAUAUGUUAUGUAUAUACUGUCGGAUUGUUGCCGUGAGAUGAAGUUGUUUGACGACGCCAAUCUCUAUGGGAACCAAUCGCUGCGGAUCAGAAUCUCACUGUAUGGCGACAAGAGCAAUGAAGUCUGUAUAUGUAUAGAUUUGUUGGUACAGAUUUCAAUGGAUUCUUCGCGAUUCUCCGAUGCCGUAGCACUCUUCCUCAAGUCGUUCAAGUGUAAGGCACACUCACAGUAUACCACCUACUCACAGCUGACAGUCGAUUCCAUUCGUGUUUCAAACGCAUUGCUCUUACAGUCGUCUUCAGAGAGUGCCGCCACUGCUUUCAACCUGUUGGGGCAGUCGGCCGACAUCCUCUUUGAUCUGCUGACGGAUGAGUCAUCGCCACCCAACCAAGAUAAAGACACACAGCAAGAUCUCAGACACUCUGUAAUAUCGAUACUCCAAGAGAAGGCGAGUCAACACGAAAAACAAAUGCCACCCGACCUCUCGAAAUCCGCCAACUGUUUUAAACUAAUUUUGAAAAUACCUCAACUUUCAAAUAAGGAUGAACAAUACUCUUAUGAAUCAAUUAUCGGUUGUUUUUCAAAACAAUGGUUGUUUGAAGAUGUAAAGAAUUAUAUUUCACAAUAUAUUGCAAUGGGACAACGAUGUUUUAAACCAAUAUCGGUGGAGAUGGCGAAUAUUCUCUAUUUCUGUGGUGUUAUUAUGGAGGAGCAAUCGGAUCGUCCCUCUCCAACUAGAUUGUGUGAUCUGGUGGAUGCACUACGCUACUAUUUAUGUACAUUAAAGAUUUCCCGUGAGACUGGUGGUGUGUCGCUCAACGAAGAGUCACCGGCAUUCGCACAGAAAAAGAUGCGUGACAAAAUCGAAACGAUCAUCUAUAACAAUCGACCGCUAAAGAUUGAGGAUGUUGUGCUGAUGGUCGAUCGAAUGCUACAGAUAAUAUCGAUCGAUUUUCUCUUGAAUAUUCAAAAAUCACAGAAUUGGCUGAUGCGAUACAUCUAUCCCGAUUUCAUUGCUGAGGAUGCACUCCGCGAGAAAGAAGAUACUCUGCCUGCCAAGAGUGGAUCACUCUCCAAGCUGAAUGGUUUGAUGAAAACCUGGAAGAACCGAUGGUUCAUUUUGGAGCGAGAUGUUUUAUCUUAUUAUAAGAAUCAAGGAGAUCCAAAAUCAAAAGGUGAAAUUAAUAUAUUGGAAAUCAAGUCUAUUGAUAUUGUAACAAAAGAAAAGAAAUUGAAGCCCUAUUGCUUCCAAAUUAAUCAUCCAAAACAUACACUUGUUUUGGCUACAGAUACAGAGGAAUCAAUCAAAGAGUGGGUUUCAUUGUUGAACAAGGCAAUCCAAUACUGGCAAGAGUGGAAUUCUAAUUUAACUUUGACACUAUAUUCAAUAACUGGUGGAGAUGAUGAUUCCUAUAGCUUGGAAUUGGAAAUCGCUAACUAUCGUCCAAGAGUGGUAUCCUCUAGAUACCUACCAUACCCACCGCCAAUGCCCAUGCUCAAGGAAAUCAUUAAUACAGAAUACUUUGACUACCAGACAAUCUAUGAAAUUAUAAGCGAUACACUUCCACUGUUUAAAGAGAAUCAUAUCGAUUUCAUUCUUGAAGUAUUAGAUUUAUUGGAUUUUGAGGAAUUUAGUAGUAAAAAAGGUCAUAAUGAUGAAGUACAUCAAUUUAUCUUAAAAAGCUCAAAAAUAUUCUUUGUCGUUCGUUAA